UCCUCUUUUUCUCCUCUUUCUCUCCAUUGCUGGUUGCUCACACCAACCAGCUCGCAGCCCAAGAGCUCCUCUGUCUCUCUCACACUGAUCGGGCUUUAAACCAGAACUUUACCCCCGAAAAAACUGAGACAUUGCUCCAGAGGAGGUUAUUGCUCAAGUAUAAAGAACACAUUAACCCCUCAAACCAAAGGAGAGGUUUGGUUGAGAGGAAGAAGAGCAACAGGUUAUUCAGCUGCAACUUUAGGGUGUACCCAUCGCAUUUACGUGGAGAUCAAGUCCCUACACAUUUAUAACAACUCUGAAGACUCCAGUAACAGCUAUGACUCAGAGCAAUGGGGAGAACUCGCAGAGGACCCAGAGUGGUCUUCACCAGAUCCGGGCCAGGAUCCAGGCCAGAUCCUUGCAGGCCAGGAAGAGAGUGCAGAGCAUCAGGAAGGAAGAUGUGAGAGGAUUCUUCAUAAGAAAUGCCUUUGUGAUCUUUACCGUCGCUGCUGUCAUUAUUGGCAUUAUCCUGGGAUUUGCCCUGCGUCCUUACAACAUGUCUUACCGGGAGGUGAAGUUCUUCUCUUUCCCUGGAGAGCUGCUGAUGAGAAUGCUUCAGAUGCUCGUGCUACCCCUGCUGGUUUCCAGCCUCAUCACAGGUAUGGCCGCUCUGGACAGCCGUGCUUCUGGUAAAAUGGGUAUGAGGGCCGUCAUCUACUAUACCACCACUACAGUCAUUGCUGUGUUCAUCGGUAUUGUCAUGGUGCUCAUAAUUCACCCUGGAAAAGGAUCAAAGGAUGAGUUUGCCAAGCAGCCGCAGAUAGAGCAGGUCAGCCCCGCUGAUGCCUUCCUGGACCUUAUCAGAAAUAUGUUUCCUCCUAACCUUGUGGAGGCCUGCACCAAACAGUUCAAGACACAGUACGCCAAGAGAGUGGUACAUGUGACAAUGACCGUGAAUGAAUCCAUAUUCACACUCAAUGGUAGCCAGGAGAUAGCGCGGGAGGAGAUGAUCCCGGUGCCGGGGGCGGUUAAUGGGGUCAACGCUCUCGGCCUGGUGGUGUUCUCUAUAUGUUUCGGUCUGAUCAUCGGGAGCAUGGGGGAACAGGGGCUGCCCCUCAAGGACUUCUUUGACUGUCUCAAUGAAGCUAUCAUGAGGCUGGUCGCCAUCAUCAUGUGGUAUGCCCCUAUUGGUAUCAUGUUCCUGAUUGCUGGUAAGAUUGUGGAGAUGGAAGACAUCACAGCGAUGGGUGGUCAGCUGGGGAUGUACACAGUGACAGUCAUUUGUGGCCUGCUCAUCCACGCCAUCUUUGUCCUGCCAACACUCUACUUCAUCAUCACCAGGAAGAACCCUUUCACUUUCAUCGCUGGACUGUUGCAGGCACUCAUUACUGCCCUGGGAACAUCCUCAAGCUCUGCCACACUGCCCAUCACUUUUAAAUGCCUGGAGGAAAACAACAACGUGGACAAGCGUGUGACCCGUUUCGUGCUCCCUGUGGGAGCCACCAUCAACAUGGAUGGUACUGCUCUAUAUGAAGCCCUGGCUGCCAUCUUUAUCGCUCAGGUCAAUGAUUAUGACCUUAACUUCGGACAGAUUCUUACCAUCAGUAUCACGGCCACAGCGGCCAGUAUUGGAGCAGCUGGAAUCCCCCAGGCAGGACUGGUCACCAUGGUGAUAGUGCUAACAUCUGUUGGCCUGCCUACUGAUGACAUUUCACUCAUUAUUGCAGUUGAUUGGUUUCUGGACCGAUUGCGCACCACAACCAAUGUCCUGGGAGACUCCAUUGGUGCCGGUAUAGUAGAACAUCUGUCUCGCCACGAGUUGCAGAAGGACCCUGAGGUGGGCAACUCAGUGGUAGAGGAGGCAGACAAGAAGCCGUACCAGCUCAUCUGCCAGGAGAAUGAGUAUGAGAACGAGAGACGUGCUGACAGUGAGACCAAGAUGUAAAUUUUUGGUCUGAAGAUGCAUGAUUGAAGGGUUCGAAUGAAAUUGAUCUACAGCUAGAAUAUAUUUCAGCCAAGAUGAGUUCCACUAAUGUGUGAGGUUGAGUGUUGGCUUUCCUGACACACUGUAGACUUGAAAUGGUUAAGUGACGCAUUGUUUUUGUGCUAUGAUGCUUCCUAAGAGUACUAUUAUGUGUAUGCCAUCAGGUGGCAGCUGUUUACUUUUAAGGAUAAACAUCUCUGGAGACCAGCUUUCCGUGGCCUGCAUGCCAUAUCCGUCUCUUCCCAGAACUGUGAUGACUAAUCUCACCCACUAGAGGCCAGUAUUGCUGUGAGUCUUAACACCACAGCAGAUUAUACAGGCCAUUUUUGCAAAGACUUUCACUGGCUUUAAAGUUGUUACUUCUGUUCUGUUUGAACAGUAUCAUGUGGGAAAAUGUGAAUGAAAUGGUUUUAAAAAUCUGCUUGGAGACAGAUGUGAGGUGUUGGAUGUCAUGCACAUACACUAGGCUGACCAGGCCAACUUCUUUGGGGAAAAAGGGCUGUUCAUUUACAACUUCUUCUGCAGACGUUAGUGGCUUUAUUUUCUAUGAUUUGGUGUAUGAACUUCAACUAAAUGAAUGAUUGAUGUUUUUUACCUUUGUUUCCUAACCAUGCAAACCAGGAAGUGCUAUCUGACGCUGUCAGAAUAUCUUGGCAACUAUCCAGCUUUUCCCUUUUUCUUUGUCUUUUAUUUUUACAAAUUUUCCUUAAACAAAUCAUUACAAUCUUUAGACUAAGUAACCAAAAUCCCUCUACCACGGUUUAACUAUAAAUGUGCUCAGCUGAGAGUUUGAACUGUAAUCAAAUCAGAAUUGUAUGCCGAUAUAUAUUCCAACCAAAAAAAAAAUUACCAAAAAUAAUAUCCAAAUUUCCGAGGAGUACUUCACCCAUUAAAUGACAAUUUCAGUUAAUCUUACUAUAUUCUGCUGAAUUUGUGGUGAAAGCUUUGUUUUUCUUGCAUGCCUUAAUGGAAGAUGGCAAAAAUAUUGAUUUAGUUAUUGACUGUGGACUAAAAUUACCAAUAGUAAAUAAAUAAAACAUCAGUUUACAAACUCUCACAAAACUUGUGCAGCGUAAUUGGACUCUAAUUUAUCCAUUUGUAUGCUUGAUACUUCCCAUACACGUGCGUUUUACUAAAAAAAAAAAGUCUUAUACUGCACACAUCGUGUGAGAGUUUGCAAAUGAAUGUUUUGAUGUAGUUUGCUCUUGUUAAACAUGGUCCCCAAUCAAUUAAUAAAUUAAUAUGUUCAACGUUUUCUGUGGACGCAUGUAAGAAAAAUGUUUUUGUUGCAAAUUCAAGGUAAAACGGCAUGACUAACUGAUACACAAAUCGUUAUUUUACAGUUUUCGUUUAAAUAUUCCCUUCCCAUGCUCAAACAAAAUGCUAACCUGCAAAGUAAUACAGUGCUGCUUCAAUAGGAAGAUAAUAAUGAUUUUAUUUCUGCUAAAUUCUAAUGAUGAUUGUGAGUACAUCCCUUACACAGGCCCUUUAAUAUGGGGCAACAACUAAUUAUUUGGUUGAAACAUUCAUAUGACGGUAUACAUUUUUUUUAAUAUUAAAUUGGUAAAAUGGUAGACAUUAGGUUGAAUAUAUAAUUUUUAAUUGUCAAUUAAACUUUCUUUAGAUAAAAUCUAAUGUUGAUUUCAUUUGAUUUAAUAUGGAUGUGUGUUGUAAAGUUACAAAUUUCAGUUAACUCCCCAUUUUUUAGUUUAGUGAGCUUGUGCUCGAGCUAAUUCUGUAUACAUAGCACAUGUAACAUUUACAUAGAAGUUGCUUUGUAUAGAAGUUUCCUCUGAAUAUACUGUAUAGAGAAAUGUAGAUACAUGUGUACAUUUAUUGUAGAUUUGAAUUGUAAAAGGUUACUUGAGGAUUGCGUAUGUAAAGAUGUUGUAACCAUGCUCUUAUAAUGACCAAACUAACAAUCCCUCUAGUUCCUUUUACAAAUGCAAAACUGGCUGAUUUAAAGGACCAAUUUUUUUUUUCUUUACACACUUGAGGAAAUGGAAUAGUUCCUUUGUUUACAGUUGCUGGUGUCUCUUGAUAUGACCAUUUCUCUUGGGAAUUCACAUGUGACUACACAUACACACACACACACACACAGGAAUGAAUUAUAGUUGUAGUUUUGUCUUGCAUGGAUUUUUAUGAAUAAAAAAAAUGAAAUAA